GCCAAACUUUGUCUGACUUCCGCUUUCAGUGGCGCAAUCAUCUCCAGAUCAGCCAAUUGUAGAGUGGAGACAGCGCAGCUUACUUUGCACCAAAGGUGUAUAAGAAAAGCCGGUGCUUCCUCAAGUAGCUUCAUUGACAGAAAACAACUUUGACUGUGACAAUGCCUGAAGGUGGAAAGAGUGUUGCGAAGAAGGGCAACAAGAAAGCUUUGCCCAAGAAACCCAAGGACGGCAGGAAGAGGAGAAAGGCCAGGAAGCAGAGCUAUGCCAUCUACGUCUACAAGGUCCUCAAGCAGGUCCACCCUGACACCGGCAUCUCCUCUAAGGCCAUGCUCAUCAUGAACUCCUUCGUCAGUGACAUCUUUGAGCGCAUCGCUGGUGAGGCCUCCCGUCUGGCUCACUACAACAAGCGCUCCACCAUCACCUCCAGGGAGAUCCAGACUGCUGUCCGCCUGCUGCUGCCAGGAGAGCUGGCCAAGCACGCCGUGUCUGAGGGCACCAAGGCCGUCACCAAGUACACCAGCUCCAAGGUUUAAUAUGACGUCGGUCCACCCUUUGAAGCUGUAACAGCUUCAACUCUUCUGGGAAGGCUUUCCACAAGGUUUAGGAGUGUGUUUAUGGGAAUUUUUGACCAAUCUUCCACAAGUGCAUUUUUGAGGUCACACACUGAUGUUGGACGAGAAGGCCUGGCUCUCAGUCUCUGCUCUAAUUCAUCCCAAAGGUGUUCUGUCGGGUUGAGGUCAGGACUCUGUGCAGGCCAGUCAAGUUCAU